CGUCUUUAAGCCUCACCUGCCUCUGCAUCUGCCCUGCACCUGCAGCUUCGCCUUUCCCCAGUAGGGCUGACGCUGACUAGAAGGGGGACGGGGGACGCCUGCUCGGGUCGUCAUGGCCUACCCGGGAUACGGAGGAGCAUUUGGAAAUUUUAGUGGUCAGAUGCCAGGAAUGCAGAUGCAAAUGGGACAGCCAGUGCCAGGAACAGGGCCAAACCUGCUGCGUGGUGGAUACCCAGCAUAUUCUGAUAGUUACUCCUCAGCGGGAGACCCCAUGUGGACAUACUUCACUGCUAUUGCUGGACAGGAUGGUGAAGUGGAUGCUGAGGAACUUCAGAAAUGUUUGACACAGUCUGGAAUUAAUGGAACUUAUUCUCCCUUCAGUUUGGAAACCUGCAGAAUUAUGAUCGCCAUGUUGGAUAGAGAUUACACAGGAAAAAUGGGAUUUAAUGAAUUCAAAGAACUUUGGGCAGCUCUUAAUGCCUGGAAGCAAAACUUCAUAACUAUUGAUCAAGACCAAAGUGGCACAGUGGAACAUCAUGAAUUGAAUCAAGCCAUUGCUGCUAUGGGUUAUAGGUUGAGUCCUCAAACAUUAACUGCUAUCGUUAAACGGUACAGCAAGAAUGGCCGAAUCUUCUUUGAUGAUUAUGUUGCUUGCUGUGUGAAGCUUCGAGCAUUGACAGAUUUCUUUAGGAGAAGAGACCACUUGCAACAAGGGGUUGUGAAUUUUGUAUAUGACGAUUUUUUGCAGGGUACUAUGGCAAUUUGAAUGUCUAGAAUUUGAAAGCUGAAGAAACACUGUGAAUUUUUUUACCUGGAAGAAAUGAACUGGACUACUUUGAAUUUGAAGAUUUGGGGGCUUUUCUGUGUUUCUCCCUGUUAAACCUGUUCCCUUUCUAUGUGUUUUUACUUUAUUGCAUAGUUCAAAGCAAUAAAAGAAGUGCUUUUGUAUUUGGAAUAUUAAUUGCUUUUAGAAAAGUUAUCACUUAACAGGUAUCUGUAUGGUAUCAUAAAAUAUUGGUAUAUGAUGAAUUGAUAUAAAUACCUUUUAACCUUAAUUUUUAACAUUGUUAACCCGGAAGAACGUACUUACAAGAGAAUAUAUAAGAAG